UGAAAUAUCAGGCUCAGAUGUUUUCAGCUCUGUGUCUAUGAAAAGUGACCAAUCAAAAGGUGAUGGACCAAACUUAAGUGAGAAAAAACUAUCAUCUGCCAAAAGUGAAAGAUCAGUCUCAGAUGUAUUCAGCUCUGUGUCUGUGAAGAGUGACCAGUCAAAAGGUGAUGGACCAAACUUAAGUGAGAAAAAAUCAACUACCAAAAGCAACAAAGGACAGACGACCACAGUAAAUAUAGGUGCAGAAUUUACACGGUGGGAAACACUAAAAGCACAGAAGAGAAUGAAGAGUGAUGUGGAGCUGGCAACUUUUCUUCUCAACCGGAUUCAAUGUGAGAAAUCAGACUUCCAGAAUUACCGCUUCAAAAAGAAUUUCAGAGAAAGUCUUGUCUGGAUCUUCCAGUGUUUCCCCUAUGAUUUUAGUUGUGUACACAUCCACAUCACUGCCAUGAUGGACUCUUUUUCAUGGCUCAGUAACUGUGAUCUAAAUGAGGAAAGCUGUUCAGCUCUCACUUCAGUUCUCAGUUCAGACUUCAGCAGUCUGCGGGAUCUUGAUCUGAGCAAUAAUAAUCUGCAGGAUUCAGGAGUGAAGCUGCUCUCUGAUGGACUGAAAGAGAACUGUAAGCUAGAGAAACUCAGUCUUUCAGACUGCAGUAUCACUGAAGAAGGUUAUAAAGCCCUAGCUUCAGCUCUGAGAUCAAACCCUUCACACCUGAUAGAGCUGGAUCUCACAGGAAAUGAUCCUGGACUAUCAGGAGUGAAGGAGCUCAAUGAUUUACUACAGGAUCCAAACUGUCAACUGAAGACACUGAGGUUUUUGGGUCCUGCUGCAGGUGAAGCCUGUCAUUUUGUGAUUGGAAUUGUGGGUAAAAACCCGUUACUCCUGAGAGAACUGAAUCUGAGUGAACAGAAGCUAGGAGACAAACAAAUGGAUGAGAUUGCUGCUCUACUGCGGGAUAAACACUGUAAACUCAACACACUGAUGCUGAAUAAUAACAGCAUUACUGCAGAAGGUUGUGUUGCUCUGACUUCAGCAUUUAAUUCAAAUCCUUCAAACCUGAUAGAGCUGGAUCUGAGUGGAAAUAAACUACGAAACACAGGAAUUGAGAAAAUCUGUCCUCUGUUGGAAAAUGCACAAUGCAGAUUAGAGAAACUGAAACUUUCAGAUUGUAGUAUUACUGAAGAAGGAUAUAAAACGUUGACUUCAUCUCUGAAGUCAAACUCACACCUGACAGAGCUGGAUCUUAGAGGAAAUUAUCCCGGACAAUCAGGAGUGGAGGUGCUCAUUGAUUUACAGUGGGGUGGAUGCUGUAAAUUACAGACCAUCAGGUUUUUGAAAAGUCCAGCUGCACAGGAAGCGUGUGAGUAUCUCACUGAAGUUCUGGGUGGAAAUCCAUUAUACUGGGUACAAACCCAUUAG